AUGAACAGUGGUACCAGUAACACCAGUAGCACAGGAAACACCAGUGAACAGUGUAACCCCAGUGCCACCAGCAGCCGCAGCGCUGUCCCGCCCCCGUUGCCAGGCACAGCUCCGAACGAGCCUUUGUUGCAAGAAGCAGUGGGGCCCGGAGCUGAGAGCAGGGCGACGAUCGGAACUAUCGCGACAGUGCCGAGAGCUGGCGCCGGGAUCUCGGCCGUGCAGCUUCCGGGCUCCGUGCUUGGGCGGUCCAAGGCUCCUGCCCGCUGGGGCUGGCCGCGGGCAGUUGGGACCUGGGGCUGGCAGCGGGCUGAGCUCCCCAGCAUGGAGCCUCGGAAGGAGCCGGGCGAGAGCCCCCCCGAGACCGAAAUGCAGCAGGAGGACGAGAAGGAGAAACCAGGGACGCAGCGGUGCCCCCAGCCUGGUACCCAGCAGCGCUUCUUCUGCACCCACUGCGGCCAGAAGCUCUCCAGCUUCCCCCGGCGGCAGCGGGGAGGCACCCAGCCGGGCACCAAGCUGCGGUUGGGCUGCGCUGAGUGCGGCAAGAGCUUUGGGAGCAGCUCUGCUCUCAACUGUCACCGUCGCCUCCACACUGGGUAGAGGCUGCACAGCUGUGGUGAGUGUGGCAAGAGCUUCAUCAGCAGUUCCUACCUUAACAGGCACCAUCGCUUCCACACUGGGGAGAAGCCCUACAGCUGCAGUGAGUGUGGCAAGAGCUUUGCCCGCAGCUCUACUCUCAGGCAGCACUUGCAAACACAUGGCAGGAAGAAGCAGUUCCCCUGCAGUGACUGUGGCAAGAGCUUCACCAAGAGCACUGCUCUAAUCCAGCACUGGCACCUCCACACUGGGGAGAAGCCCUAUGGCUGUGGUGAGUGUGGCAAGAGCUUUGCCAGCAGCUCUGCUCUCAGCUGUCACCGUCGCCUCCACACCGGGGAGAAGCCCUACAGCUGUGGUGACUGUGGCAAGAGCUUUGCCUACAGCUCUGCUCUCAGGAGUCACCGUCGCCUCCACACCAGGGAGAAGCCCUACAGCUGCGGAGACUGUAGCAAGAGCUUUGCCUACAGCUCUGCUCUCAGCAGUCACCAUCGACUCCACACUGGGGAGAAGCCCUACAGCUGCGGUGACUGCGGCAAGAGCUUCACCCAGAUCUCUGGACUCCACAGUCACCAUCUCCUCCACACCAAGGAGAAGCCCUACAGCUGUGGUGACUGCGGCAAGAGCUUUGCCCACAUCUCUGCUCUCAGCAGUCACCGUCACAUACACACUGGGGAGAAGCCCUACAGCUGUGGUGACUGCGGCAAGAGCUUUGCCCGCAUCUCUGCACUCUGCAAUCACUGUCGCCUCCACACUGGGGAGAAACCCUACAGCUGUGGUGACUGUGGCAAGAGUUUUGCCCUCAGGUCUUCUCUCUGUCAUCACCGUGGCAUCCACACUGGGGAGAAGCCCUACAGCUGCGGUGACUGCGGCAAGAGCUUCACCAAGUGCUCUGCUCUAAGCAGUCACCGUCGCCUCCACACUGGAGAGAAGCCCUACAGCUGUGGUGAGUGUGGCAAGAGCUUCACCUACAGCUCUGCUCUCAGAUAUCACCAUCGCAUCCACACUGGGGAGAAGCCCUACAGCUGUGGUGAGUGUGGCAAGAGCUUCACCCAGAGCUAUGCUCUUAAAUGUCACCGUCGCCUCCACACUGGGGAGAAGCCAUUCCACUGUGGUGACUGCGACAAGAGCUUUGCCCGCAGGUCUGCUCUCAGCCAUCACCUCCACACGGGGGAGAAGCCCUACAGCUGUGGUGAGUGUGGCAAGAGCUUUGCCAGCAGCUCUGCUCUCAGCUGUCACCAAGCCAUCCACACUGGGGAGAAGCUGCACAGCUGCGGUGACUGCGGCAAGAGCUUCACCAGCAGUAGGACUCUGAUGUGUCGCCGUCACCUCCACACCAGGGAGAAGGCAUACAGCUGUGCUGAGUGUGGCAAGAGCUUUGCCCACAGCUCUACUCUCAAGCAGCACUGCCAAAUGCAUGGCAGGAAGAAGCAGUUCCCCUGCAGUGACUGUGACAAAAGCUUCACCAACAGCACUGCACUAAUCCAGCACUGGCACCUCCACACUGGGGAGAAGCCCUACAGCUGCGGUGACUGUGGCAAGAGCUUCAGCCAGAGCUAUGCUCUCCAGAGUCACUGUCACUUCCACACUGGGGAGAAGCCAUAG